AUGGCCUCGGGAGUUGAAGAGCCCGAGAGGCCACCGCGGGUUGCUGGACAUGAAGUCGAAGAGAAACCAUGUACUUCUGAGCAACAGAUCGAGAUCCUACAUUCCUCACAGAAAAAUCUCAACUACGAUGAGGCUGACCAAGAGCCUGUCCUCCACGCCCGAACUUGGAUCGCGCUCGGUGCGAUGGUCAUGUUGAACAUGGUUCAACUUAUUGCGCUGAAUGGCCCACCAGUAUUUCUUGGAACAAUCGCAGCUGAAUUUGGUCAGCAAGAUCUCCAGUCAUGGGUUCCCAAUUCCCUUUCGCUGGUCCAAGCGGUCCUUGGACCUGUGAUAUCUUCUGGAUCAGAUAUGUUCCAAGCUCGCAAGACGCUGCUCGUUGGGUCAUGUCUCAUAGCGGUUGUUGGUGCUGCUAUCGUCCCUCGGUCUCAAUCACUGUACCAGGUCAUUGCUGGUCAAUCUUUGAUUGGAGUAGGGUUCGCGUCGGUCCCCCUGGCUUACUGUGUACCGAGCGAGAUCGUCCCCCGCAAAUGGCGGCCAAUGGUACAGGCUUCUAUGCAAAUUGGCGGCUUUGCAGGGGCAAUGAUCGCCCCAGUCAUCCUCGGCGAGUUUCUGCAAGCCGACAGCGUAGGAGGAUGGCGGAAUUUCUACUGGGUACAAAUGAGUCUCUGGGCAUUAACUACCAUUGGCAUUUUCGCCGGCUAUCGGCCUCCUAAGAGACAUACAAGGCUUGACCAUCUUUCUGCAUGGCAAAAACUCGGCAUGAUGGACUGGAUCGGCUCCUUCUUGGUCACCGCUGGUCUCACACUGUUCCUGACGGGCCUGAGUCUAGGAGGCGGUUUGUACGCCUGGACGAACGCAAGAGUGCUGUCAACGCUCAUCAUAGGGGGUGCCCUCCUAGUCGCAUUUGGUUUGUUUGAGUGGCUCGGUACGAAAACCGGCAUCUUCACGCACGAACUUUUCACUGGACCAAAUGGUGCUGGCAGGACGGCAUGGAUAUCUGUACUUCUCAUCUUCAUUGAAGGAUUUGUCGCCGCCUCAUUCGUCAUUUUCUAUCCAGUCAUGACCGAGUUGCUCUUCACAACCGAGCCCAUGAAGGUUGUAGCCCGUCAGGAAGGCUUUUACGUCGGCUGCUUCAUCGGAAGCGCCGUAUUUGGCUAUCUCAGUAGCAAGCUGCGCAGCGUACGGGAGGGAACUGCUGUUGGAUACCUACUCUUGACCGGAGGGUUGGUCGGCUUCGCUACGAUCCAACCCGGUGAUUCGGUCAAUGCGAUAGCUUUCGCCGUCCUCUCGGGGUUGGGAUUGGGGGUGAUCCUUGCUCUGGUUAUCAGCGCCAUACAGCUUUGCACUCCGCACCAUCUCAUUGCGACUUCUACAGCCGUUCUCACGACGACUCGUGCUCUCGCUCUGACAGUGGGUGUCUCGGUGUACUCUGCAGUCUUCACCGAUGCUAUCGACAAGAAGACCCCUGCCAUGAUAGCCUCAGCCGCCGCGAAAAACGGGGUUCCUGUGACCUCAAUCCCAGAGUUCGUCGAGGCGUUCCUUGGCAAAGACAGCAACGCGCUGGGCAAAAUAUCUGGGGUUACACCAUCGGUCCUCGCUGCUUGCGCUGUUGCUGUGAAGCAUGCGUCGGCCGAUUCUCUCCGUCUUGUCUUCAUCAUUGCGGCCCCAGUGUCAGCACUGGCAGUAUUGCUGUGCUACUUCAUGGCUGACCUACGAACAUUGAUGGAUUAUCGCGUCGAUGCUCCCUUGGAAGAAUUGCAUGCGAAACAACAUGACGGUGAAGAUGAUGGCCAUAAGGCGGUAUGA